CCACUCACUACAUCUGCUUUGUAGCCUGUGAACACAACGCACCUCCUCACCCAUGUUGCUCAAGCCGCAGAGACUGCAGCGUAAGUCCGGCUGGCUCGACCAAGGCUGAAGACCCCGACCCCUACGCCACCCGGACGCAGGAACUGGCCAAGAUUGAGACCCAUCCUCGCAUAAACCAUGGCCGCCGAAACACAGCUGGAAGCGUAUGAUGCCUAUAUUGAGGAGAUGCGAAAGACCGAGUACCCAAUGUUGAAGGACGAUGCUCUCUAUCUGGAUCAUGCUGGUACAACGCUGUACAGCAAGACUUAUCUUGACCGCUUUCAUGCUGAUAUGCUGGCAAAUCUGUACGGCAACCCACAUUCGGCAUCUCCUGCCAGCCAGAGAUCGACUUUAGAGAUUGAGAAUGUCAGGCACGAGGUUUUGCGGUGGUUCGACGCCGAUCCUGACGUUUUCGAUUUGGUAUUUACUGCGAAUACCACAGCUGCUAUCAAGCUGGUCGCGGAAGCUUUUCGCGAGUCAGAAGGUGGAUUCUCGUAUGCGUACCAUGUCGAUUCUCACACAAGCCUCGUUGGCGUGAGAGAACUUGCGAGCGAGCAUCGUUGCUUCAUAUCGGAUGAAGAAGUGGAGGCAUGGAUCGGCAGGGCCGCGAGUUCUCCUAGCACUCGGUUAUUCGCUUAUCCUGCGCAAUCGAACAUGAAUGGCCGCAAGCUACCUCGAGAUUGGACGCGCGAAUGUAGGGAUCAUCAGAUCUACUCCCUCCUUGACGCUGCUGCAUGCGCUGCUACAUCUCCCCUCAGUUUCGCCGAUGCAGAGUAUGCAGCAGACUUCACUGCUCUGAGCUUCGCAAAGAUGUUUGGAUUCCCAGACAUGGGAGCGCUGAUUGUCAAGAAAGAUUGCUCCCAUCUGUUCCAACAGCGAAAGUACUUCGGUGGCGGAACUGUCGACAUGGUCGUGUGUCUCAAGGAACAGUGGCAUGCUUCCAAGAAAGGCACAUUACAUGAGCAGUUGGAAGAUGGGACGCUACCUGUGCACAACAUCUUGGCGUUGAAAUCGGCUAUGCAGACACAUCGACAGCUCUAUCAAUCCCUGGAUCGCAUUGUCGAACACACUACAGCCUUGUCAAAGUGCCUACACGAUGGACUGGUCGCUCUCCGCCACGCAAACGGUCGUGAUGUAUGCCAAAUCUACAAACAUACAAGAUCGAGAUACGGAGACGCGGAAACGCAAGGACCAACCAUUGCAUUCAACAUGAAAGAUGGGAGAGGCAAUUGGGUGAGCAAUACUGAGGUGGAAAAGCUGGCAGCGAUCAAGAACAUCCACCUUCGAACCGGCGGCUUGUGCAACCCAGGUGGGGUGGCAACAGGGCUCAACUUGGAGCCUUGGGAGAUGCACGAGAACUUCUCGGCAGGCUUUCGCUGUGGAAGUGACAACGAUGUGAUGAAUGGCAAGCCUACUGGAAUGAUUCGCAUCAGUCUUGGCGCCAUGAGUACCAGAAGAGAUGUCGUAAGGUUCCUUGAGUUCGUGGACGAGUUCUUUGUUGAUCGAACUCUUCCCGCUGUCUCUCUGCCACCCUCACCAAUGCCUCUGAAUGGGACGCCAGAUUGGCGCUUCUAUGUCGAAAGUCUCACAGUAUACCCGAUCAAAUCUUGCAGUGGCUGGCAAGUCUCGCACGACACGUCGUGGGAAGUUCGCCGCGAAGGUCUUGCAUGGGACCGAGAGUGGUGCAUAGUCAAUCAGAGCACUGGUGCUGCUCUCAGUCAAAAGGCCCAUCCCGCGAUGGCUCUCAUUCGGCCGGAGCUCGAUCUCAAGAAUGGCGUGCUGCGAAUCAGACAAGCGAGCACCGCGGAGGCGAUCACCGUACCAUUGUCAAAAGACCCGAGACCAUUCGAGGCCAGUCAGAAAGUUGGCAACGCAUCCGUUUGCGGCGACAAAGUCCAAGCACGAGUCUACACUUCAGCUGCCAUAUCUGACUUCUUCACAAAAUGUCUCGGCGUACCUUGCACUCUGGCGCGGUUCCCAGCUGCGACGCUGACUUCGCCUUCCGUCCGGCAUAGCAAAGCACAUCUGCAAGUCUCUCAGCCCAGUACUCAGCAGCCUCGGCCUAUCCUCCUUAGCAACGAAUCACCCAUUCUGACCACCUCCCGCUCAUCCCUCAAUCGUCUGAACGAGAUAAUCAAGGCAAAAGGCGGCAAAGCUGCGCACCCUUCCGUCUUUCGAGCCAACAUUGUUCUGGCAGAAUCACCUUUACUGCCGCCUGGCCAGGAACAGCCUUAUGCUGAAGAUUACUGGACGGGUAUGAAGGUAGCCCAUACAGAUUCAAAUGUAGAAUUCGAGUUCCUUGGUGGUUGUAGAAGAUGCCAAAUGGUCUGUAUCGAUCAAACUAGUGGGGAGAAAAACCAGGAGCCGUUUGUCACGUUGGCGAAAACGAGGAGAGUUGAUGGGAGAGUGUUGUUUGGUGUGCAUACAUCAUUAUUGACGGGUGCGGAUGGGGUCGCUGCCGGACAAGCGACGAUUCGAGUGGGAGAUGCGGUGGCGGCGUGGUGA